AUGAGUUUCAACAGUGGUACGCCAACUUCUGAAAGCCCUAUGAGUCUAGGUCAACCUGAUCAUACUAGUGGCCUAACAGGCCAAGACGGCGGUCAACCUGACCACGCUCAUUCGCAAGAUAUGACCGAUACUCGGCAAGCAAGGGACCAAUAUGAUCCCAUUGAUGGUCGACCCGACCGCGACCCUCAACCUGACGAGAACAUUGGCCAAACGUUGGCCGUGAUUAAGGAGGGCAUUAGCAAUUUGGCUGCCGCUUUACAUAGUUUUGUCAGCAACAAGGGUAUGUCUUCCCGUACCACAAAAUCUAAGAAACAUAAACAUCGGAGGGCUUCAUCGGAGUCCGAGCCAUCGGAGGAUGACACGAUGGAUUUCCCGCCUAAACGGCUUCGCGUUGAUGACGACGCUUUAAGUAUUGCGCCGUCCGAUAACGACAUUCAUGAUUUUCUAAACGGGUCCGUCGCCACCGGCGAGAACACGGACGGUAAUGCAGGGCAAACCAACAAUGGUGACAAUAAUACCGUCAAUGAUACUCCUGCCUCCGUUGACCCAGCAGAAAUCAAGUUUUUAGACUCACUUAAUAAUGCCCUCAACGAGGACGAACAAACUGGACCUAAGGUCGUACAAAAUCUGGCAGAUAUCGCCAUCAAACGAUGGGGUAAACCGAUUGCUAAUGAUAAGCUUAAGACAUUAUUGGCAAAACAUGCCAAGCCAGAAAACUGCGCCGAACUGACGGUACCCAGG